CGUCCUUUAUACCUACUUCCGCCCCCGAGUUACUUCCUUUCCUUUCGGCGGCGCGCGGGGGCAAGAUGGCGGUGCAAAUUUCCAAGAAGAGGAAGUUUGUCGCUGAUGGCAUCUUCAAAGCUGAACUGAAUGAGUUCCUCACUCGGGAGCUGGCUGAAGAUGGCUACUCUGGAGUUGAGGUCCGGGUUACACCCACCAGGACGGAAAUCAUCAUCUUGGCCACCAGGACGCAGAAUGUUCUUGGUGAGAAGGGCCGGCGGAUCCGGGAGUUGACCGCUGUGGUUCAGAAGAGAUUUGGCUUCCCUGAGGGCAGUGUAGAGCUGUAUGCUGAAAAGGUGGCCACGAGGGGUCUGUGUGCCAUUGCCCAGGCAGAGUCUCUGCGCUACAAACUCCUGGGAGGCCUUGCUGUGCGGAGGGCCUGCUAUGGUGUGCUGCGGUUCAUCAUGGAGAGUGGGGCCAAAGGCUGCGAGGUCGUGGUAUCUGGGAAACUCCGAGGACAGAGGGCUAAAUCCAUGAAGUUUGUGGACGGCCUGAUGAUCCACAGUGGGGACCCUGUCAACUACUAUGUGGACACUGCUGUGCGCCAUGUGCUGCUCAGACAGGGUGUGCUGGGCAUCAAAGUGAAGAUCAUGCUGCCUUGGGACCCAAGUGGUAAGAUUGGCCCUAAGAAGCCGCUGCCUGACCACGUGAGCAUUGUGGAACCCAAAGAUGAGAUACUGCCCACCACCCCCAUCUCAGAACAGAAGGGUGGGAAGCCAGAGCCGCCUGCCAUGCCCCAGCCAGUACCCACGGCAUAACAGGGUCUCCUUGGCAGCUGGAUUUGGAGUCUGGAUGUUGCUCUAUAAAGACCUUUAAUAAAAUGUUUUUAAAAGAUA